CCUGCCUAGCAAGGAUCUACUCCCCGCCCGGCCCCUUCGAAAAGAGGCCUAAGAAGCACAGGGCUGGCUAUUUUUUGUUUGUUUGGCUGGUGCAGCAAAGGGAACUUGGCCCUGUGGGUCUCCUCCCCUCGUUUGGCAACUCUCCUCCCAAUCGCUUUCAACUUCCCUGUCUUGGGAGGAAAUUUUGUCCUCCGCCUUCCUGGUUUAUCAGAUCGUGGCAAGAAAAAAACCCUAAAAAACCCCCCCACACCCUGGCUCCUAAGGAAGCAGGUGAAGACUGAGAGGAGGAACCCAAGCCGGAGGGGGCCAGGUGUGGCUGGGAGAGAUGGGGACGGCGGAGGAGGACUAUAACUUUGUCUUUAAGGUGGUUCUGAUUGGAGAGUCUGGCGUGGGGAAGACCAAUCUGCUCUCGCGCUUCACCCGCAAUGAAUUCAACCACGACAGCCGCACCACCAUCGGCGUGGAGUUCUCCACCCGCACCGUCAUGGUGGGCAAUGCCAUGGUGAAGGCACAGAUCUGGGACACCGCCGGGCUGGAGCGGUACCGUGCCAUCACCUCAGCGUAUUACAGGGGAGCAGUGGGCGCCCUCCUGGUUUUCGACAUCACCAAGCACCAGACCUACAACGUGGUGGAGCGCUGGCUGAAGGAGCUGUAUGACCACGCCGAGGCCACCAUCAUCGUCAUGCUGGUGGGCAACAAGACAGACUUAGCCCAGGCCCGCGAGGUGCCGACCGAGGAGGCCAAGAUGUUUGCAGAAAACAAGGGGCUGCUGUUCAUCGAGACGUCUGCGCUGGACUCCACGAACGUCGAGCAGGCCUUCGAGACCAUACUGAGAGACAUUUUCAGCAAAGUGCAGAAGCAGCAGCAGAGAAGCCCCCAGGACAACAAGGUGUCGCUCUCCAGCGAGAACCCCCACGGCGCCUCCCAGACCCCGGAGGAGAAGCGAGCGUGCUGCGUGAGCCUCUGAGAGCAGGGCGGGAGCCGGCCCGGGACUUGCCGUGGAGGCACGAGCCCCUCCGUCCGCUCUGCUUUCUGACCAGGGGAAUGCCCGUCCCCUCCCUCAACGCCCCGUAACUGCACCAAGCCAGGCCGGGGCUGGGCCACAGAAACACGUCUGCAAUGGAUCGGUCCCUUCGCCCCCUCCGCAAAGCCAGUACCCACGCCCCACCCUGCAGGCAGCACCACUAGAGAAGGGGAUGCUGCAUACCCAGACCUCUGCCCCCUGGGGUCUGCCAAGCCACAGCAGGGGGAAUCUUGGGGCGGGGAGGGGUCGGCUGGCCAAACUUUCCCCUAGCAGAGGGGGAAUCAGCCAUAGGAACACGCCCAUCUAUCUUAGUUACCUGAUCCCAUUACCACAGUGUCUGAGCAUCUUUUUAAUGUAUUUAUCCUCACAACCCUCUGUGGGAUAGGGCAGUGCUAUUAUGCUAUUAUCCCCAGUGUACACAUGGGAAAACCGAGGCACAGGGAGACUAGGUGACAUGCCCAGGGUCACACA